AUGAGCAAGGAACAGUCACUGCGCGCGCCGUCGGUGUUCGACGCGGCACGGCACGCCGCCACUGGCGUGUUCAUCGCAUACGCCGACACAUACCUUGGCAAGCGGCUGUUUGACCAGUUUCGACACGCCAAGAGCAGCAGCAGCAGCAGCAGCGACAACAACAACAACAGCAGCAGCAGCAGCAAAGGGAGCAAGUGCUACAAACUCUUCGCGUGCACAUGGGACAGGGAUGCUGCAGAGCAAUUAGCCAAGGAGGAGGCCGCUGCGACCGCAGCAGCAAAAGUUGAUGCCGCUUCUUCUGGUCACGGUGAUGACGGUCAUGGCGAUGAAGGUAAUGGCGAUGGUGGUGAGUCGAACGAUUCGAACAGUGGCGCCCCUGCUCCCGCUGCUACUACUGCUGUGGCCAUCUCUUCUACAGGUGUGGAGGAAGCCAACAACAACAACAACAGCAGCAGCGACAACCACACGCAUGUCUUCUGGCGUGGCGACACAAUGGAACUGCGGAACGCCCUCCUCGAGGCCGAUUGCAUUGUAAUGGAGCUGCGACAGGCCCAGGAUGUCUUUGACAUGAUGCAUGUGCUGACGACCAAGGAGCUGCUGAAACCGAAGCGCGUCAUUGUCGUGUCGUCGCUCUUGACGUGGUACGCCACACCACCGUUGCAGAUGGAGCCAAUGGGCGAGAGCAGCAGCAACAACAACAACCGCAACAAGAACGAAGAGGAAGAAGAGGAGGAGUCCAUGGAGGAGCGUGAGGAGGAGCCGCAGCCGCUCGACAAGCGUGAAACGGAAGCACUCCUCGGUCCGGCGGACGAGAGAGGCAGCAACAAUGGUGAUGACGACGACAACAAUAAUGACGACGGCGAGGCCGUGGAACUCUUCACGGAGGACCAGUACAACCGCCGCAUUCCCCACGCAAAGUACUUCAACUGGCGCGAGGCAGAACGCGUUGUGGCGGCCGCAAAUGGCGAUGAGCGGCACCUCCACACCUGCGUCAUCUUCGCCGGACUUCCGUACGGCGACGGUGAGGACGCACUCGAGUCGUUCUUCACGCAGGCGUGGAGCCGCAAGGAGAAGGGGCUGCCGGUGUACGGCGAUGGCACGCAGAUCGUGCCAACUGUGCACGUGCGCGACCUCGUAACCUUCACGCAGCGUCUGCUCGAGGCGGAAGCACCGCCGGCCUUGCGGUACGUCUUCGCUGUGGACGGCGGCACCGUGUCGUGGCGGCGGAUGGUGCAGACCGUGAACCGCGCCUUCGGCGGUGAGGAGACGUUCCACGUGCCACCUGAGGACUUCGUGCUGCACCACAACGUGGAGCUCUUCACAAUGAACAUGCGCGUCGACAACCAGACAAUGCGGGACAUCAUGCCGGAGGACGAGGAUUGGGUGGCACAGUCCGGCUUCGUCAACAACAUCGAGAAAGUCACCUUCGAGUACAUCAAGGCACACAAGCUGGAGCCUAUCCGCAUCGCCAUUCUCGGCCCGCCGCUCGCCGGCAAGACGUGUCUAGCCGAAGCACUCGCACAGCGGCAUUACAAACUACCGAGAUUUACAAUGGAGCGGGUGCUGGAGGAGUACAAGGAGCACAUCGCCAGGCUGAAGGAACGACUAGAGCAGUUCCGCCGCCGGCUCUUCGAGCGGGAGAAGACGCGGCGAGAGGAGUUGAAGAAACGCAUAUUUCUGCGCCCGCGCGCCCGCACGGAGGGGGGGGAGGAGGAAGAGGCCGAGGACGAAGGGGAAGCAGAGCAGCAGGGGCAGUCCGACGCCCCUAUGGGGGACAUGGGAUCGAGCCGAGUUAACGUCGGCAACAAGCGCCGCCACACCACCGGCGAUGAGGACAUGGAAGACAAGGAGGUCAAAUUCACGCUGACGGAGGAGGAGGUGCAGGACGUGGAGACGCUUGUGGAGGAGUGGUACCAACAGAACGACCGCGUGGCACAGCUGCGUGAGACCAUCGCCGCGAUGGAGCGGGUGCUUCUGAUGAAGGUGCGGGUGCAGUUGCCCGCCCCCGCUGAGGGCGUCAAUGCCAGCAACCCCAAGAAGCGGAAGGAGAAUGCAAAGACAAAGCGUCCCAGCAGGACAGCAAACAAAAAGGCAGCCGGCGACGAGGAGGAGCCGUCGGUGGAGGCGCAGGAGAAUGCGCCGUUUCAGGACAAGGCGCUCGCCCUCAUGAUGCGAUGGCGCCUCUCGCGCGCGGACUGCCGCAACCAAGGCUACGUGCUCGACGGCUUCCCGGAGACGGUCGCGCAGGCACGCCUUGUUUUUGGCGACGCCCCUCUCGAGGUGCCAGAAACCGUGGAGGAGGCGACGGGGGCGGGGGCCUCCCACCCAUCUCAUCCGGUAACGCCAACAACAGCUUCUGCGAACGCCGCACCGCCCACGGUGGAGCCGUGCGAAGAGGAGCGACUGCCCUCGUUUGUCUUUGUGCUUGAGGCCGCCGACAACUUCCUGCUGGAGCGACUAACGGCGGUGUCGAAGGCGGCGGGUGAGCUGGUUGGGGUUGAGGAAAAACGGCUUGCCCGCUUUGAAGAGGCGAUGACGCAGUACCGGCGGCAGUUCGUCGAUACAGAAUACUCGCUGCCGAACUUCUUCGAGUGCGCGCGCACAGUGGCGAGGACGCUCACGCCCGGCGAUCGCGCGGCGAAAGUGGUGGCCGUCAAGGUCGACGCGGAGCCGCUGCUGUUGCCACCACCGCCGGAGUCCGCCUUCGAGAUUGUGGCGCCCAGCAAUGUAGAGACGAUCAUUUGCCAACACGUCGGAGAGCCGCACAAUCUCGGCCCCACACCGCAGGAACAGUUUGCGGAAAUAACGCGCGAGGGCAACCUGGCGGAGGAGAAGCAGCGAAAAGAGUUAAAGGCACUCAUGGAUCAGCGCGAGCUGGAGAAGCUUGAGUACAUCCGUGAGAGUGAGGAACGCUCGCACACGGAGAGUGUCCGCCGUGCCAUAGAGAAGGCGGACCUUCAAUCGUUGGAGAAGCGGAAGGUGCCGCUGCGGCUGUACCUGCAGCGCAACAUCAUGCCGCUGCUGAGCAAGGGUCUCGUGGAGGUGUGUAAGACACGGCCCGAAGACCCUGUUGACUUUCUUGCCGAGUGGUUGGCGCGCCACAACCCGCUAGACGAUUCAUGCUUCGACCUCUAA